CAUACAUAUGUCUUUUAAACAGUUGGAUCGUGAUUUAUCACGUAAUUGAAAAUGAUCAAAACAUCACUGUUUUAUCAACUUUUGUGCGUGAAUAUUAAUAUCACGGUAUUCUCCAUGGUUUGUUUACCGACAGAAGUAUAUCUUCCUGGAAUGAACAAAUGUACAAAAUUAUGUCCUCUAGGGACAUUCGUCUAUGAUCAGAAGUGCGUAUUAACAUGCCCAGUUUUUUCUAAGAUAUUAAAAACGGAAUUAGCGAAUUUUUGCUAUUUCAAAACCGAGAUAUCCUGUCAGACAACACCUUGUAAUGACGAGUAUCCUCUUUGCUACAGAAUGGAUUGUCUUAGAACAUGUCCUGAGUUUACAGUUGAGUAUAAUCAGACGUGUAUAAUGGAAUGUCCAACUAAUAUGCCGUUUAUAACAUUUUAUGAUUGCGAAGGAAUUUGUUCCAAUGGUAGAAAAGUAUGUUCCACUUCAUGUCCAAUCACACACCCUUACAUUUUACAAACAGAUUUUUUCUUGCGUUGCGUAAGAUACUGUCCAGAAUAUACUGAAGAAAUAUCAAAGAAUAAAAGUUGCAAUCUAAAUUGUCCGUCUUCAAAACCUCUUUUAUUUAACAAAACAUGCUACAGUAGUUGUCCAGAUGAAGCAUCUUUUCUUUUUUUGAAAAAUUCAAAAUAUAAUGAAAUAUAUACAUGUGAAGAACAAUGUCCUAUUAACACAGUAGUUGAUAAUGAUAGAUGUGUUAAUUUUUGUCCUAAAGGAAAACACUUGUUUAAUAAUACAUGUCUUACGGAAUGUCCUUUAAGCCAUAAAUACUUGUAUCCAAAAUCUUUCAUUAAAACUGAUGAAAUAAAUUCCGAUCGGGCGGAGUUCUCGUGUGUCAAAGUUUGUAAUACAAUCGACAAUACAAAGUAUAGUAACGAUCCCAGGUAUGUUGCCUUUGACAACUUAUGCACAGAUAGGUGCCCACCAAUUGCUAAAUAUGAAUUUAAUGUAUCAUGUUUAAAAACUUGCCCAAAUGAGCACCCGUUUAUGGAACAAACAUACAGAGGUGUUAAAUGUGUUGAUAAAUGCACACAUCUGCAGUAUAAUUGGACAUGCGUAUUUUAUUGUCCGGCGGAGGCAAAAAAAGUAUUUAACAACUUCUGUUUAACUUCAUGUCCUUCGGAACAUUCAUUUAUGGAACCGAGUCACAGUAGCGUUAACUGUGUUGAGGGAUGCAAACAUUUAGAGUUUAACAAAAGUUGUGUGCAGACUUGCCCAUUCAAUGCCAAAUAUGAAUUGAAUGGAUCUUGUUUAGCUGCAUGUCCAUCUGAUAAUCCUUUUAUAGUGUCAGAUGACAUAUCUAAAUGUGUUGACAAGUGUAAACGAAAACAAUUGCUGUAUAAAAACACCUGCUAUUACAAUUGUCCAAAGAUGGCAAAAUACGAAUUCAAUGGAUCUUGUGUAGCUUCAUGUCCUGAUGAAUACCCAUUCAUGGAAUUAACAAAGGUAAAUACUAGGUGCACACAAAGCUGUAAACUACUACAUUUCAAAAAUAAUUGUGUAUCUACCUGUCCAUCAAAUGCAAAAUUCAAGUAUAAUUCGACAUGUGUAAACCAAUGUGGGAGUGGUCUUCCAUUAGAGUACGAUGAAAUAAUAAAGAUAAAGGCGACCAUUUAUAGCUGGGGCAGUAGAGAUAUCGUUAAGUAUAAACAUAAUUAUCACUGCGUUGUUUCAUGUCCAGACGGAACAUUUCUUUACAACAAUUCGAAAUGCGUUGUGUCCUGUCCUUUAGACAAAAACAUUGGAUUUAAUGGCAUCUGCUAUGAACGAUGCCCAGUUUCUCAUUUGUAUAAAAUGCCACGAAAUAAUUAUUUUACUUGUGUAAAAAACUGUUCAACUCCAAUUACAUACAACAACACAUGCUUAACAAAAUGCCCAAAGGAAGCGGAAUUCGAAGUUUAUGGCUCAUGUGUGGCAACUUGUCCACAAGAAAAAUUGUUUAAGGAAUUAACUACCCGUAACACAUACCACUGUGUUGGUAGUUGCAGUAUACUACAUGCAAACACUACAUGUGUAUCCGUUUGUCCUUCCGAAGCAAAAUUACAAUACAAAUGGUCAUGUGUAAGGACCUGUGAGAAAGAUCUACCUUAUGCCUUUCAUAAUACCUAUAUCUUGCCUAAUCAGUUCAAAUGUGUAAAAACUUGUCCUUCGAAUACAUGGCUUUACAAUGAAACAUAUUGUGUAUUUGUUUGUCCACAGACCGCUAAAUACUAUUAUGAAAAUUCAUGUGCGAGUGAAUGUGAUACAAUUCGGCCAUAUGAAUACAUUAUUAACUCAAAAUGGUAUUGUGAACAAAAAUGUCCUAAAAAUACAUUUUAUUUUAAUUUGUCAUGUGUGACAAAAUGCCCAAUGAACUCAUUUAUGUUUGAUUCUAAAUGUAUAUUCCAAUGUCCAGUUUCUCACCCACUGAAUUACACAAGAAAUAAGAAGGGCUACGGGAUUUACGAAUGUGUAUACGAAUGUCCCAACGAGAAAUUUAUGCAUAAUAAUACUUGCUUUGAUAAAUGUCCUGGUGGAAUGAAAAGUCAUUUAUCUUCAUGUAUUAAGAUAUGCCCCAAUUCCCAUCCAAUCACUGAUUCCCAAUCUCAAUCAUGUGUUCGUGUAUGUCCAAAAAACUCAGUUUUGAAAAAUAACUUGUCUUGUGUUAGUUCGUGUCCUGUCGAUUCAAUAUACAUAGAGAAUCAACGAUGUGUCGAACGUUGUGACAGAUAUGAUGCAGUUAUUGAAACAACACGUCAGGGUAAAAAGUGUCAUGACAAAUGUCCGCAACACCUGUUUCUUGAAGAGAUAAGUAACCGUUGUGUCGGAAAUUGUUCAAAAGGCCUGAUAGUCAAUAACAUAUGCAAACAAAUAGAAAAAUGUCCAUUCCAGAAGUAUAUAGAACAUUCACUUAUUGGAAGAAGAUGCGCAAACAGAUGUUCGCAGAAGUUUUUUCUUAAUGGAGCGAAUUGCGUAAAAGAAUGUCCACCUGGGAAAGUUAUAGCAGGUAUCGAAUGUUUGGAUACCUGUCCAUCUUCGUUUCCGUUAAGGUACGAAGAUUAUACAUACUUGAAAAAGGGAAUUAAAUGUUAUAAACAGUGUCCAUCUGAUUAUCUGGCGAAAGGAACGCAAUGCAUUUCGAAAUACGAUUGCGGAAAGGGAUAUUUUACAUAUCAGAAAAGCUGUUUAAAAGUAUGUCCUCAAUGGACCGUUAAAAGUGGUGAUGAUUGCCAUUUGUUGAUUACAUAUAUCACCAUGACAAUUUGCUGCGUGCUUAUCACGAUCUUGGCGUUGAUUUUCCUGUAUGUCAUCAUAUUUUAUAGAGGAUCAUCUUUCACAGAUUACAAAAUGUUUUUUUGUAGAUUUCAACGUAAAAAAGAGGCUUCAUCCCUUGUUGAUACAGCGUUUACAUUGAAACAGCUACUUGAAACUGACGUAAUAGAAGAAAUUGCAGCUUAGUGUAGAGGAUGAUUUAUUUGAAAGGCGACAACUAAUAUGUACACUUCAAAAUUACAAUGCUCUGUUAAUUGCACAGCCCAUAUUGAAUUACAAAUGUAAUAAUGAUAAAGGGAAAAAUAUCCAUCGAUUUAAUCGUAGAGAUUUAUUAUCUAUACCUAAUGUGAUUUCCUCAACAUAAGGAAUGAAUUUUCAGCGACUCUUUUAAUGACGCUGUAGUCAAUAGCUAAAAACAUUUAAACCAAAUGAUAUAAGAGUCUUAAGAAAGCAGCAAACCAGCAAACUCAAUUUUCCUUGUGUGCCUGUACCAAGUUAGAAACCUUAAAGUCAGUGGUUGUAGUUUGUUGCUGUCUGUCAUAUUUGUUAAUGUUUAUUGUAUUGUCAUUAUUCAGGCCUUUGGUUUUUUGUUUGUUACACAUUUUGUCAAGUCAGGGCCUUUUAUGGUUUGGGAGUUCAAUUUUACCCCAAAAAAAAUUGGUAUUUUUCCUGAUUUUAAUUAAAUUUGAAAAUUUGAAUGUUAUUUGAAUAACUUUAUUCACGUGAAAAAAAAUCAUGUGAUUUUCACGUGAAAUUCUCACGAGUUUCACGUAUAAGCUCGUUUGAGGUGAAAUUCACAUGAGAUUCACAUGAAUCUAAAUUCACGUGAAAUUCAUGUGAGUAAAAUUUCGCUUUAUAGUUUCCAAUAAUUUUACUGUUAAGCUUAAGGGUCCUGUUAAACAGGAAAUACUGUGUUAGGGAUAAUUUGUGUAAAUUGUGCAUCUUUAUUUGAAAAUAUUUAAAAGGAUUAGUUUUCUUAAAUCUGAUAUCUUUGGACUUUCACAGACAAACUGAUCGGUCAUAAAAUGUCAUUAUAUUGUUAUACUUAUUAUCGUUUUAUCUAAAUCAUUUUAUUUGCAAUAUUUGUCCGUCAAAGUCAUUUUAUGAACAUGUAACGAUUUUUCUUUAUAAAGCUUUUUGUGUUAUAAGUAACAAUUUAGUGUCAGUAUAUUUUUACAAAGUCGGAAAUUUGUUUCAAUAUAAUUCUAUUUGUAAAUAAUAGAUAAAGUCACAGCUUUGUAUAGUUCUUAAAUUUUCUUAUGUAAAGAAUAAAUAAUCCUUUAGUCAUUUCAAUUAGCGCUAUUAAGCCUUAAACUCAAACGACAGAUUUUUGUAAUAUUCUUUUGUUAAUCUUUCAAGUGCUAAUUGUAUUAUUUCAUUGUCAUUCGGUAAUCUCGUUUCUAUUAUUGUAACCAUGUAAAUUCUUGAUUUAAAUAUGUUUUCUGAAGUUCUUACUUCAGUGAGAAUCGGGCAUUCGUACUGACAACAUCCGCUCAUUUGUAAAAGUACAUGUAUUCCAUCCUGAAUCAAUAAAUUGUUAACUACUGCAUAGGACUUGUGUCUAAUUCUACAAGUGAAGUUCAAGCGAGUAUUCUCAGGCAAGUGACUAAGUCUUAGUCGUUGUCUAUCGUUGGCUUCGCAAACGUCUGCAACCAGUCGUUGGUUGCAGCUCGUUAUCAUCGUCAAUCAAGUAGCCAGUCGCCCGGUUACAUUUAUGGUGGAGGAAACCCAGAGGCGUGUCAACUUUUUAGUUCGACACACAGUACCAGUACCUCAAGCAGCAAGUGACAUUUCGACUAGUUCCCAUCAUCUCAGUUUAUUCAGCGAUGAAAUAUAGUUUUCGACCUCAAUGAAGAACGUGGACAUUUUAUUCCUGUCAAAAUCUAAUGUGUGUCAGAUGUGGAUUACAAAAUCAUCGCUUUGGAACACGUUCAGCAAUAGAUAAGGAAUGCUUCAAAUGCAACAAAUUCGGACAUUAUUCAAGACAAUGUUGGAGUAAAUCAAGUAAAUUUUCAAACUCUUUACAGCUCGUCCAGGAGAAAACAAAGCAUAAAAUGGAAGGCGAUACCAAAAGACUGAACGAAUAUUAUGAAAGAAAAAAUGCAAUGCGCGUGUUACGAUUCUCUGGCAUAAGAUCUACAGCUUUUCAAAAUUGCUUCGACGUUUAAUUUAUUCUUCGUUCCGAACUAAAGUCUGUAAAAAGUCAACUGCACGAAUGUAAAGCCACACACAGAAAGGAUAUAACAAAAUUGCAAGACCAGCUAACAGAGUUCGAGCAUGAAAACACAAGCCUAAAGAAGCAAAUAGAAGACUCAGCAAUUCAAGAUUCAAAAACUAUCCAACAAUAUUCAGACAAAAUUUCUCAACUUGAAUCCAAACUCAGUGAUAGUGAAAACUUUGUUAAUAUAAUAACAGGUCUCAACAAGCAAACUCAAACAUGGAUUACAGAACAAGAAGAAAAACACAAAAACGAAAAGGACAGACUCAUUUGUCGUAGUGAUGAACUUUAUAAAACUAUUCAAAUAUUAUCGGAUGAAAAUAAUCGAUUAAAAUUAAUGCAGCAACAGACAAACGAUCCAUCAGCAAAUAGCAACAAACAUUUUCGAGAAAAAAGACAUUAUCGAAGGAGAUAAUUUUAAUUUAACCUAAAAGCGGGGACGCUUUGGAUUUCAUAGGGGAGGGAAUCUGCGAUAGGGAUAAUUUGUGUAAAUUGUGCAUCUUUAUUUGAAAAUAUUUAAAAGGAUUAGUUUUCUUAAAUCUGAUAUCUUUGGACUUUCACAGGCAAACUGAUCGGUCAUAAAAUGUCAUUAUAUUGUUAUACUUAUUAUCGUUUUAUCUAAAUCAUUUUAUUUGCAAUAUUUGUCCGUCAAAGUCAUUUUAUGAACAUGUAACGAUUUUUCUUUAUAAAGCUUUUUGUGUUAUAAGUAACAAUUUAGUGUCAGUAUAUUUUUACAAAGUCGGAAUAUUUGUUUCAAUAUAAUUCUAUUUGUAAAUAAUAGAUAAAGUCACAGCUUUGUAUAGUUCUUAAAUUUUCUUAUGUAAAGAAUAAAUAAUCCUUUAGUCAUUUCAAUUAGCGCUAUUAAGCCUUAAACUCAAGCGACAGAUUUUUGUAAUAUUCUUUUGUUAAUCUUUCAAGUGCUAAUUGUAUUAUUUCAUUGUCAUUCGGUAAUCUCGUUUCUAUUAUUGUAACCAUGUAAAUUCUUGAUUUAAAUAUGUUUUCUGAAGUUCUUACUUCAGUGAGAGUCGGGCAUUCGUACUGACAACAUCCGCUCAUUUGUAAAAGUACAUGUAUUCCAUCCUGAAUCAAUAAAUUGUUAACUACUGCA